UUCCACAGCUGCACAGGCGGGCAGGCAGCCUGUGAUGGGGCCCUGCUCAGAAGACCCCCAUCUCUGCUGGGCCUCCCGGCUCCUGGGAUUCACCAGCCUACUCCUCAGCGUCUGCUGCACUGGGGUCAAGAGUUCUGGGACACAUGGUUCUGGAGUUCAGGAUUCUGGAGCCCAUGUUCCUCUGCACAGGGUCCGAGGAGAUUCUGUAUUGUUUCAUGUGAUCAGAAAGCAAGAAGCUAACCUGGAGGAGGUCACAUGGGGCUUUGGCCCUGACUCAAACUACAGAGUCCUGUUGCGAGUCUGUGCUGGGACAGAUGCUCUGACUUGGGUCAGCCUCCAGGACAAGUACCAACAGAGGGUCCAUGUGCCCAACAUCUUGUCCCUGAAGAUUGAGAACCUGACCUCUGAGGACAGUGGACUGUACCGGGCUCGAGCCAGCUUCACUGGAGGAAUAGAACUUAACCAAGUUUUCCCCCUCACUGUCUAUGAGCCGGUGCCCCUUCCCCAGAUCCUGUUCAAGUUACCGUCCAUCACACCAGGUUGGUGCAAUGUCACCCUGGAGUGCAGAGCCUCAGGGGCCACAGAGGACCUGAAGGUGACCUGGCAGAGCAAGGGCCUCCCCAGGGAGCUGGAGCAGAGCAUGACACCGGGACCAGCCCCCAACUCCUGGACCCUGCCUGUGAACCUGCCCCUGAGGCAGCGCAGUGUCAGCUUCACCUGUGUGGUCAGCAACCAGGUGGACCAGAAAACUGCCACCUUAGACCUUGGGGAAGUCUGUGGCCAUGAUUCACAAGGACAGGUCAGUGCUGACUCCCUGCCAGGCAUCCUAGGGGCUGUCGUGGUUGUGCUGUUGAUCCUUGGAGGAGGACUGUACCUUUGGAAGACACGUGAGAAGAAGAAGAAAAUGGAGACUGGAAGAGGUACAGAAUUGCAGGAGGACCACAGGGACAAUGAUAGUGGCAUCCAGUAUGCAGAGCUGAGCCAGCAGGAGUCUCGAAAGGGCACACACAAGGGUAUUGGUGAACAACAUUUAGAAGAAAAGGAGCCUGUUAAUACUGUCUACAGUGAGGUCCAUAAGCCAGAAAGUGAAGCCCUGAAGAUAAUUUAAUUGGAGGAGGUAGGAGAACUGGAACUCCUAGGACACCUCCACUCGGAGCUUGAUCCCUGCAGACACCUGCGUCUCUCAGCUCUGGUCCAGCUCCAGCUGCCCUGGUCUGCGUUACUCUGACCCUCCUGCUCUCAACUCCCUGGGCACACAUGGCCUUGUCAUAUCUCUGUCACCUCUCCAAGCUGCCUUCCCACUCAGGAUCCUCACCCUGCAGGAUGAGUGCUCAUUUUCCAUCAUUGACUCAGCUUCUGACCACUCUCCUCCUCGAGCUCCCCAAAGAGAACCUUCUUGCACAUGAUAAUCCCCACAGCCUCUGCUGUGUGGCUGGCUGGUGUGUGUCUUUCUGAGAACACAGCCCAGGCAUGGGGACUGUGUAGAAGAUACUGAACGCCGCAGAGGAGGGGGUUAGGACCUUGAUGCUGGAAGCUGAGUUGGGGGUCCGUGGAGGCAGCAUGGGUAGGUGGGAUCCCACAAAGGGCUGGCCUGAGGCUUCCUUUGCACGCUGUAUAGGGCAAAAGGUUUGUAUCAAGCGGUGCGUUUGUGUGUGUGUCUCUGUGUCUGUGUGUAUGUUGGGGGAGUAUCCAGUGUAUAUUAUACAUUGGGCCACAGCCCUUUUCCCUGACCACUAGUACUAACCUCAGCUUCAGCUCGUAGACCUCAAAUCCACCUCUUGUGGAGUGGGAAAAAGAAUUUGUGCUGUUUCUGGACCUUCCAAGACUUCUGUUUCUCAGAGAGGGACCCAAGUCGGGACUUGCGUUCUUAGGAAAGCAGCCUCAGCCCUUCCUUGUCUGGGGCAGGGGUACUUGGUCAUUAGAAUGGAAGUGCAGUAUACUGCUCCUACCUCCCCUUGAUGAGGCUGCUAUGAGGGGUGAGGGGUGAGGCUUGUAGGAAGGUCUGAGCCAACCCUCUCCUGCCUCUUCUACUGCCCCUCAGCGCCCCACAGCCCUGCUGGCCUCAGAUCCUUGGUCAGCCUCCUCUUUGCUGACUCACAACCCUCUGCCUGAAAUGAUGGCUCCCUUUCCUUAUCCCUUCCUCCCAUCCCUGCCUGUUGGAAUCCUACCAUUCCAACCCAAAACCCCCUUCCAAGUCACGUGUUCUACAUGUUCCCAUAGGUUUGAAAAUAGUCUCUCCCACAUCUGUCCUUUUCAGACAACUUGGACGUAAUCAAGGCCCCUGCCAUAGGUUUGCUUUGGGUUGGUCAUGAGUCUUCCCUGCUAGCCUCACCUGGGGCUCCCUCAGGAGGGCGCUGGGGCUUUGGGAGGCCAGUUCCAAGGAGACAAGCACCUCUCUCUGUGAAGGGUCUGAGCUACUCUUACUCCCAACUCCCACGGAGACUCAGCAGACAAGACCCAGAGCACAGAGGCUGCUGAAGGUCUUUCUGGUAGUGACUCCACAAGGAAGCAAAGAGGACAUGAUGAACUCCAAUGACACUGCCUGGUUUCCCCAACCCACAUCCAGCUUCACGUUGCCUGAGGACCUAAUGGAGCCUGCACUGUAUUGUGUGGAAGCUUCUCCUCUCCCUGGCGGUCCUCACCUCCUCAAAGCCUCUGCCUUCUGCCUUGAGUCCCAGCUCUUGAAUCGGAGAUGGACUCACUCUGAUACUAUGAUCUGUGGUCCUUUGUCUGCUGGCCUAGAUUCCUGGGUCUCUUGGUUCCCCUCCCAGCUCAGAAACCUCAGCUGCUUCACUUCUGACCUCAGAAAGCCAAGUUCUGGGCUAAAGGCUUGAGUGUUAUGCUAGGAUCCUGCUAGAUGAUGCAUGAAUAAGAGAGGAGCAGAGUUUCCAUAAUAAGGCUCUUUCUAACCUCUUUCUGCUCAGGCUGAACAGAAGGCUGAGAAGGAAAAAGAUGACAUCUCUCACUGGCAUCCCAGGUGACCGGUCAUGGCUGGGUAUCAGUGCCCAUCAGUCCAGAAGCAGUGUAAGAUGUGACCACCCAUUGACCCCUCCC